CUCGAAGCAAUCUAUAAAAAUCGCGACAUGCGAGGACUGUACCAAUACCUCAAGAGAUCUUCGAGCCUCAGCGGGAGACAAGCGGGGGGGCAGCAGUUCGUCGCGGAUGAGAACGGCGUGUUGCUUCGGGACAGGGAUGACAUCUUCCAGCGGUGGGCGAGAUUCUUCAGCACCCUACUCAACACCAAAUCCCCCACCCUCAACCCAGACAUCAUCGAACGAGUGACGCAGCGGCCAGCGACACGUGACACUCAACGGUUGGGAGAUGUGCCAGAACUCGAGGAGGUGGCACGGGCAACGAAAGGCCUCAAGAACUGGAAGGCACGCCGCCAUGACUUCCUCCCUGUCGAGUUGUUCAAGAUCGAUGACGACGAACCCUUCGUCCUGGGACAACUCGAUACCAUCCUAGUCAAGGUGUGGAAUGGCGAAGAUAUUCCACGAGAGUGGAUUGAUGCAACCAUCAAGAUGCUGUCCAAGAAGGGUGACCGGUCCUGCUGUAAUAACUACAGGGGGAUUGCGCUACUAUUUCACGUAGGCAAGGUCCCCAUCAAGAUCAUCACCAACCGUCUAAGCGCCUUCUGCGAAGCCAACAACAUCCUCCCGGAGGAACAGUGCCGAUUUCAUCCCGACGAUCCACCGUCGACAUGCUGUUCGUCGUGCGCCGCCUCCAAAAGCUGGGGCGGGGAAAGAAAAUACCGCUCUACAUGUGCUUCGUCGACUUGAACAAGGCGUAUGAUCCAGUGGACCGAGAGAUGCUAUGGAAGGUACUGGUCACGGCCGGAAUUUCCCACGAAGCUGAUCGAAGUCAUCCGCCAAUUCCACGAUGGAAUGCGGGCCCGAGUGCGCAUGGGCGAUGGAGAACUAUCGGACUGGUUCUUGGUGACACAGGGCGUGCGACAAGGAUGGGUGCGAUCCCCACUGCUGUUCAACAUCUUCUUCGCCGAGGUCCUCGAGGUCGUUGUCAUCCGAUUCAGCGAGGAUGAUGUUGUUCUGCGGAGCCUGGUGUGCUUGGGAGGAGGGGAAGACGGAAGCGCGGGGGGGUGA